GCAAACCUUUGACAGUUGCCAACCCCAUUGAGAGCGCAAUUUUCUAUACGUACAUUGCGUAAAUUGCCUACGUUGGUGAGUUGGCUUACUUUGUUGCAUUUAACUUUCGAAAUCAACUAUUUUCCAAACAUGUCAAAGAAAAGGGGUGGGAAAAAAAACCAGGAUUUUGAUGGCGAUCUCGCGGAAAACUCUACUGUAGGCAACAAUACUUCUGAGAUAACCUCAAAAGCAAAGGGUAAAGGUAAAAAGAAAGCCAGGGGUAAAGCUGACUUUAGUGACAGUGACGAGGGCGGUAAAGGAGACCUCAAGGCCCAUUUGAGCGAUGAAGAGGAGGUCCGCCAGCCUGCCAUGAAGAAAUCGCAGAAGAAAGGUAAGAAUAAGAAGAAGGGAGCCGAAUCUGAAGAUGAAGAAGACGAUGGAAAGUCAGUAACCAGUAGUGCUACCAACACCUCUAAGGCUCCUAGUAAAGGAGGUAAAAAGAAAAAAGGCAAAGGUAAAAAGGAUGAUGACUGGUCAGAUGGAGCAAGCGAAGUUGAAUUCAAACAAGAAGUUUCAGAGGAUGAGAUUGCUAAACCUAUAACUAGUAAAAAGAAAACCAAAAAUAAAAAGAAAGAAAAAGCUAUAGAGUCUUCGGAUGAUGAAGAGCAUGAGGAUGCAAAGUCAGUGGUCAGCAAUGUUUCCAGUAAUACAUCAAAGCCUUCAGCCAAGAUUAAUAGUAAAAAAGGCAAGACAGAAGACUUGCCAGUCGACGACAGUGAAGAGGAACAAGAAGAUUCUCCCGAUGAAGAAGUAUUGCCUGCUAAGAAAAAGGGUAAACAUAAAAGCAAAACGCCUGUAGACGAUUUGGAGGAAGAAAUCAAAAAACUAAAUCUAAAAGAGUCUUUGCCAGAAUUUGAAAAGCCUAAGAAAUCUGAGGGCAAAACACAGGAUGGCAGUGAUGCUUCAGGAGAUGAAGACAGCAAGGCUUCUGGAGGUAAAGCGGAAGCCGCGGAGAAGAAAUUGAGCCACAAAGAGAAGAAGAAACUGAAGAAGAUGCAGGAAUAUGAGAAGCAGAUGGAGAUGAUGACCAAGAAAGGCGGACAGGGCCACAGCGAGCUGGACGCUAACUUCACUGUCAGUCAGGCGCAGAAAUCUGCUGGUCAGAUGGCAGCGCUGGAGAACGCAGUGGACAUCAAAGUCGAAAAUUUCUCCAUAGCAGCUAAAGGGAAAGACUUGUUCGUGAACGCGAACCUGCUGAUCGCACACGGGCGUCGCUACGGUCUCGUGGGGCCGAACGGGCACGGCAAGACCACGCUACUGCGGCACCUGGCCCAGCGCGCCUUCCCGCUCCCUCCCCAUAUAGACAUACUGCUGUGCGAGCAGGAGGUCACUGCUAACGAUAUGAGCGCUGUGGAAACUAUAUUGGAAGCCGAUGUUAAAAGGACUGAACUGCUCAAGGAGUGCAAAGAGUUGGAAGCUGAAACAGAGAAAGGAAAUCUCAGCAAGCAAGAAAGAUUAAAUGAGGUGUACGCGGAGCUGAAGGCGAUCGGCGCGGACUCCGCCGAGCCGCGCGCGCGGCGCAUCCUCGCCGGUCUGGGCUUCAGCCGCGAGAUGCAGGACCGCGCCACCAAGAACUUCUCCGGCGGCUGGCGCAUGAGGGUCUCGCUGGCGAGAGCCCUGUACAUUGAGCCUACGCUGUUAAUGCUCGACGAGCCUACGAACCACUUGGAUCUCAACGCUGUCAUUUGGCUCGACAACUACCUCCAAGGCUGGAAGAAGACGCUGCUGGUGGUGUCCCACGACCAGUCCUUCCUCGACAACGUGUGCAACGAGAUCAUCCACCUCGAUCAGCAGAAGCUGUUCUACUACAAGGGCAACUACUCCAUGUUCAAGAAGAUGUACGCGCAGAAGAGGAAGGAACAGAUCAAGGAGUACGAGAAACAGGAGAAGAGGCUGAAGGACUUGAAGGCGCACGGACAGUCUAAGAAACAGGCCGAAAAGAAACAGAAAGACGCGCUAACACGCAAGCAAGAAAAGAACAGAAGCAAGACGCAGCGCGAAGAGGAGGAAUCAGCGGUGCCGGUGACGUUGCUGCAGAGGCCCAAGGAGUACCUCGUCAAGUUCUCCUUCCCCGACCCGCCGCCGCUACAGCCGCCUAUCCUGGGGCUACACAACGUGGACUUCAACUUCCCCGGGCAGAAGCCGCUGUUCAAGCAGGUGGACUUCGGUAUAGAUUUGAAUUCACGUGUGGCCAUCGUCGGUCCGAACGGCGUGGGCAAGUCCACCUUCCUCAAGCUGCUGGUGGGCGAGCUGAGCCCUGUCCGCGGCGAGCUCAUCAGGAACCACAGGCUGCGGAUAGGCAGGUUCGACCAGCACUCCGGCGAGCACCUGACGGCGGAGGAGACGCCCGCGGAGUACCUGCAGCGGCUGUUCGGGCUGCAGUACGAGAAGGCGCGCAAGGCGCUCGGCACCUUCGGCCUGGCCAGCCACGCGCACACCAUCAAGAUGAAGGACCUCAGCGGCGGCCAGAAGGCCAGGGUGGCGUUGGCCGAGCUCACCAAUAUGGCGCCCGACGUCGUCAUUCUUGACGAGCCAACGAACAACCUGGACAUCGAGAGCAUAGACGCGCUGGCGGAGGCCAUCAACAACUACAAGGGCGGCGUGGUGAUCGUGUCGCACGACGAGCGGCUCAUCAGGGAGACGGACUGCGCGCUCUACGUCAUCGAGGACCAGACCAUCAAUGAGGUUGACGGCGAUUUCGAUGAUUACCGUAAGGAGCUGCUGGAGAGUCUCGGCGAGACCAUCAACUCGCCCUCCAUCGCCGCCAACGCCGCCGUGGCGCAGUAAUAUGUAAUAUACCACGGAUUUAUCUACACACUUUCGUCACCUCAAAAAUAUGUAUACUAUUUUAUUUCGAAUAUUAUUCCCCUGGCGCUUAAACGUACACAUAUUUUUGGAUGUGAUCGUGAAAUGGUGCGCAUACAAUCAAAGUUUGAAGUAACCAGAAAGUUAAAUUGUAAUAAGACUAAUGGAAUAUGCCGUGAUAACUGAAUAAAUAUGGAUAUUUUGAGCCUAUUUCUCUAACACUAUUUAUCUUACGAAACGUAAGAUUUUUUGUAUUUAAAAAUAGAAAACUAUAAGUGGGGUUGUCAAAAAGCAUGACGCACAAUCGAGGUUCUCGAACAUGGUGAAUAUAACUUGAAUAUGAAAUUCUGCCACCGUAUAAGUUUGCCGCUUGUUCAUUAGCGGGGCCAACAUAGCUAACAGCACGACUCCUUCCGCACCAGAGUACAACUAUUAUUUACUUUUCAUCACACUUACUCGAAAAAUAUUUUAUCUCGUGCAGGUAUAUUGGUCCCGUGAGAGUUAUGGAUUGUGGCACAAAGCAUUUUUUGUAAUUGUGUCACUAAUACAUAUGAAACAAUUAGGUAUAAAUGAAUUUUAUUUUUAAAAUACAGACGAUUAUAAUUUAUUGUUAUUAUUUAUCUUAAAAAUGUUAAUUUGAUUAAUGUAAUAGUCGUUUCAAAUAUUUUUACUGAAUUUUAAUUGAAACAGCAGCAGAUUUGAAAAAAUAAUCCAAUUAAUUUAAAUUAUGAAUUACGCAUGGUUAGUUCUUAAUUGUAUUUAUGCUCGUUGAAUCAUUGUCGUAUGUACCUAGGUGCUAUGUUGUGUAAGUAGAAUGUUUGUGUAUUUGUAUUACUAAAGCUUGUUUUAAUUUAAAUGUAAUAAGUAUACGAGUAUACCCACGUAUACAGUAUGUUUACUAACUAGAACUAUUGAAUCAAACCCAUUAAAAUUCAUGUCAUAUUGAGCAAAUUAUAUUAUGGAGUCAACCACGAAAUCAGCCAAUAUGUACGAAAUAACCAAAUUCUAUUUCGUGAGAUCAGGUUUGUCUCAUAGUAAAUGUUACUGAGUAUGACCUAAAUAUUAACGGGUUUGAGUAAAUGGUUUUAGUUAAUAAACAUACUGUAUAGGUUUGUAUAAAGCGGUUAUUAUUGUUAUUUACCAGUGUUCACAGUUUAGCCUACUUUAGCCGUCAUCUCAAUUAUAUCAAAUGGCGGAAUCAUUGAGUUUUAAAUGUCUUAUCUUGGCAAAAGCUUUUCCCAUAACACCUAGCAGGCGUAUUCUACACCACCAUGCAUAAUUGUAUAACAAUCUGACGUGACAUUGGAAAACCUACAACUUGUACUUUAUUGUCAAAGCGGUUAACAAUUUUAUAUAUUUUCCAAUUAUGUAGUUUGUCAAACAAUUUUGUCAUUAGAAAAGGUGCGAUACUCAAAUUUUCUAUGGCACGAAACCCCUUCGCACCUACAUUUUUUAAUUUCCCGCUUUUUUCUACUGACGGAAAUUGCUUGACAGACUCCAUUAUGGGCCGAUAGAGACGGACUGCAACCCGACUGCAAUUUGUAUGGGAAUCAUUGACAUAUGCAGUCCGUCUCUACCGGCUCUAAAUGGUAACUCAGCCGCUACCAUCCUCCACAAAAAACGCGCACUGUUUGUUGUAUUCCGGUAAUAGAAGACGCUUUAAACAUUGCAUUACAUUUCCAAACCUUAUAGUCCGUCUAAGGAUGGUAUUCCACCUGUCCAAUUGGUUCAAUGUGUAUUUGCAUCUCACAUUUUGCUUAAUGAGAGAGCGAGACGCAAUGCACAUUGGGCAAAGAAAUUGGACAGAUGGAAAACCAUCCUAUGCUAACUUUGUCAGUGGUGUUAUUAUAAACGUCAUAUUUUAAACAUUUGACAUGAAUGUUGACAUUGUAACACUUUGACAUUGCAAAUGCCAGCACAUUUAGCUUGGUCCGACUUGAACAUUGCUCGAACCAAACGCUAAUAGUGCCCGGUGCGCAGUCUAGAUGGCGCUGCGAGUAUCAAACUGGUAAAACAAUCUGCACAUACAUAGCCCACCUCUCAGUACAUAUUAUUCCAAAGUGGAAAUGAUGUUAUUGAUGUCCUUUUAUCCUUUAAAGCAUCUUUGUAGUUUAAUAAUAUAACAAGAAUGACUGUUACAUAUAUUUAAAAAGCGCAAAGCGUGUUCGAGUUGGAACUCCCGAAUGAUAAUUCGUUACAUGUGGCUUAGGAUGGUAUUCCACCUGUCCUUGGUCCAAUGUGCAUUGCGUCUCACUCUCUUAUUAAGCAAUAUGUGAGAUAAUAUAUGUAUAUGGAAUACCAUCCUUAGAUAUUGUUUUAAUUUGCUAUAAAUUGAUCAAUGUUUUUUGAAUAUUCCUUACAUUUAUACUAUAUUUAAUGAAAAUUGCCAGUUUCUAUUAGGCGUAUUUUCGAUGGUAUUAUAAAUUUUAAUAUGAAUGCAUAUAUGACAUCGGAACGUGCGUCUAUUAGUAGUUAAAGCAUCACUUAUGAGAGUUGCGUGUACAGUCGGCGGUAGAAAUAAGUGCGAAAAAUACACGUCUUAUUUUCUCUUACAGUAGAAGACCAUACAAAAUUUCGCUUAUUUUUUGCGGCUGACUAUAUUUAGCCGUGAGACGAAAUUCAUGGUUGUGGCAGAUUAUGAUUUAGCAGGUAUUUAAAAAAAUGUAUUUGUAAAUAAUUAUUUAUUUAUCAACCCAUUGAACAUUUUAAACACAUUAUUUUUUCCAUGUAAAAUUGAAUGUUAGAUUAAUUUAAUGUGAUUGAAUACAUUUUUUACACCCCCAA